GCGAUCGGUGGUAAUAUCACAGAGAGCAUAGAUUUGUAGUAUGGUUGUUUGUAUGUUGACGGUUUGUUGCACAACUUUUGUGAAUAAUGAUUAAUACUGUAUAAGUGAAUAUAGUAUGAAUAAUGUUUGGUCGUAGAAAAGAAGAAAAACGCCGUGUUAACCCUGGCGGCGGGUUGUCACAGUUUGGACUGCUUGAUGUACCAAAUCUAAAUGAUUUUGGAAAUAUUGGCGUAAUGAGAGAAAUGGAUAAUGACGAUGAUGACGAUGGAGAUCUUGAAGCUGAAUUAAUGGCUUUGACUGCAGGAAAAUCUCCUUCCAGGCCAAAACGAGUUCGUCCAGCUCCAGUAAAUUUAGAUGCGAUGGUGGCAGAAAGUUUGCGGGAUAUUCCUUCAGAUGAAGAACUGUCAGGAGAUGAAAAUGAUCCGGACCUGCUGAAUGAGCUUAGUGCCUUAAAUGAGGAUGAAGAAGAGGAAGAAGAAGAUCCUGUGCCCAAACCUAAAGCUGAACCGCAAGCAACCUGUAAUACAGGACCGUCCUUAGUUGCAAUGCUUGAAGAGCGAAUCAAGAUGUACCGGGAGGCAGAGGGCAAUGCAAACAUGGCUGGCGAGACUUCCAGGGCAAGAAGAUUUGGUCGUGGUAUCAAGACACUUGACGACCUUCUGAAAAGAGCCCAUGCAGGACAGGUAGUCAACGAGGAAGAUAUACCUCCUCCUGUGUUAACUUCUGCAGGAAAGAAAUCUGUUGAACCUCACCCUUCUCCGUCUCCUUCAGCACCGUCACAUCCAUCUGAAGAACUUGCUGCUCCAUCACGUCCAGCACCGCCUCCUCCUGUUCCAGUCCGGUCACCUCCAGUGCCACCUCGUCCUCCACUGGGAGUUCCCUUGCCUGGCCUUGUUGCAGAUGAUCAGAACACCAGCACAUCCCCAUCUCCUGCAGAAGAAACUAGUGAGAAUAUGACACUUAACAUGCUGAAGGAGCGGCAGGCACAGUACAAACAGAUUGCAGUGCUGACCAAGAGGGCAGGCAACAGUGACUUGGCCAUCCAGUAUGUCCGCAUAGCCAAGCAAUUUGAUCCUGUAAUAGCCGCUCUGCUGGAAGGCCAGCCAGUAGAUCUGAGUGCAAUGCCGCCCCCUCCACCUGACUCCGUGGCAUGUUCGUCAGUGUCUGUUGGGCAGAAGGAAGACGGUGAAAGGCAAAGUGCAUCUGAAGAUAUCCUGGCAUUACCAUCCAGUGAGCCGGCAGUAGCAGCACCAUCCAAUGAGCCAGAAGUGGAUAUUUAUUCUGCACCCCCAGCCCCAGUUACAGUGAUGGAGGCAUUAGAGCAACGUCUGAGCAAGUACCGCAGCGUUGAACAGGCUGCUCGAGAUGAGGGCAACACCAGCAAAGCCCGCCGCAUCGGUCGUAUCGUGAAGCAGUAUGAGACUGCCAUCAAGUUACACAGUGCAGGAAAACCAGUUCCAGUAGAUGAACUACCCACUCCUCCAGGUUUUGGUCCCAUCCCUGUAGAGGACAGUGGAAAUGCAUCCUCAAACACAAAGCCAGUUGAGGAGCCUGAAUCAUCUGUGGCCCGUGCUGCACCAUCGCCAGCCCCUGUUGCACCAACUCUGACACCUGCUGCACCAACUCCAGCACCUGCUGCACCAACUCCAACCCCUGUUGCACCAACUGUAACACCUGCUGCACCAACUCCAGCCCCUAGACGAAAGGACCCCGCAUCUUCUGCUCCCUCUGUUUCAUCGCCACCACAAAAAGUAAAUGUCCGCAAGACUCCACAGUCUAGACAGGAAAAGCAGUUGGCUUUUCUUGUGGCUCGUCAGAAAGAAUUCAGAGAUGCUGCAUUGCAAGCUAAACGUAAAGGUGAAAUAAAUCAGGCUAAGGAAUAUUUACGGCUUGCCAAAGGAUUUGAUCCACUUAUUGAGGCAUCGCAUAGUGGUUUGCCAGUAGACAUGGAUACGGUGCCAGUACCUCCAGACACGAAGGUAGUCCUCGAAUCUGACUUUGACUUUAUUACUGUUGAUGAUUGUGUUCCUGGCAGUGAUGCUGAAAUUUUUGAUAAACUGGAAGAAGACCUCUUGAAACAAGCCAAGAUGUGUCUGAAUACUAGGGACCACUUCAAAGCUAUCGGAGAUGUCGCUAGUGCUAACCGUUUUGAGCAGUUGGCAUUACACUCGACAAAAGAUCUGAAUGUGGUUCGCUGCGCACACAAACGUAGUGAAGCAAUCCCAAAGUUCCAUUAUGAGACAAGAAACUUCGCUAUUGUGCAAUGUUGUACAGAUCUGCGUGACAGUGACCUGGAAUUGACAGUUAUACAAGGUAUCAGCUAUGCUGUACCGAACCCGAAGGAGGUGGACACAUAUGUGAAGUUCGAAUUCCCUUAUCCUGCGGAGGAUCCACCAAAAGACCGUACACCCUUGGUAAAAGAUACAAAUAACCCUGAAUAUAAUGCAACCUUCAAUUUAACAAUCCAUCGUAACUCACGAGCUUGCCAGCGAGUCUUUAAGAGACAUAGCAUCAAGUUGGAGGUCUGGUCACGAGGGGGCUUCUUCAGGAGUGACGUGCUGAUCGGGACAGCCACCGUGAAGCUUCUUCCCCUAGAAACGAAAUGCACAAUUCACGACUCGUUCGAUCUCAUGGAUGGUCGCAAAUCAGUUGGCGGGAAGUUGGAAGUGAAGGUACGCAUCCGUCAUCCAAUCCUUACAAAGCAAGUGGAACAAAUACAAGAGAAGUGGCUUGUCAUUGAUGACAUAAAGUGAAGAAAUUGUAAGGUGCUAUAUAUAUAUCUUUGUGAAAUAAUAUUUAUUUAACAGUGUAUAAAACUAUGUCAUGUUAUUCAAGACAGUAAUGUUGUACUGCAACAUCCCAUGGCAAGUCACUUGUUUCUACUUCCUGUUUACCAUCUCACAUGCAGACCUGUGUUAAAAUCUUAAAAUUAAUGUGUUUUGAAUUUUUAAAAUAGUCUUCACAUCAUUGCUGCACUCUACGUUUUGUCCAAUACAGUCAUCACCAGGUGCUUCAAAAAUUGCUGUUUGAAAACUACUGCACUUCUAUCAGUGAAUACAAUUCCAGCAUAUACCCUCGUUUAUGUGCCCCUGUGUUGUUGUGCAUUUGUAGUACUGAGUGAUUCCUCUUAUGUGUCAUGUGUUUCUAUGAUGAUGACCAUAUAGGUCAAAACAUGUAAUGCACCAGUGAUGUGAAGAAUAAUUUUGAAAUUAAAAAACAUGAAUGUUAAGAUUUUAACAAAAGUUUGCAUGUGAGACAGUGAAGUAAGAAGAGAAAAUUGAAAGCAGUGUUAGGGACGCUGUACGGUUUCAACCAUAAUGGUUUUUAACCCAUUCCAUGGGAUGUAUGACAUACCUCACUUAUAAAUGAUGACUAUUCUGAUGUGAAUUCAUUUGAUGUCUGACAAGGUCAGCGAAUGAAACCUUGUCACCCUUCAGCUUUAUCGAGUUGUAUUUUUUCAAGAAUAUUGUUUAUUUAAAAUAUUUGGAUGGUACGUCAUAACUUGAGAAGACAGCUCUACGUAAGUAAUGUCGUUUA